AUGAGUUCUAGAAGCAGGAGAGAGGGCAAAGGCCCUGCCUUUCAAUUGAGCACUCCAUUUCCAAGCUUCCUCAAGAUUGUCGUUCAGCAGGCUCUUCAAGAUGGGAAGCUUAAAAUUCCAAAGAUGCUUGUGAUGGAAUAUGGAGAUUUAAUGGCGGACAAAAUAUUCCUUGAGGUUCCAGAUGGUGCAGUUUGGCCAGUAAAACUGACUAGGCCCCGCAACGGAGAGAUUUGGCUGCAAAAGGGAUGGCCAGAAUUCGCUAAAUUUUACUCCCUAAAGCAUGUUUCAAGCACUGGUGAUGAAGCUGAAGGCAAUUCCAAUCCAAGUAGUGAAACUGAAGGCCAAGGAAAUAAGCAUGACAGGGAUUUAGCAUUGAGAACUUUUGCAAAGACAGAACUUGAAGAUUUAGCAUACUCAAAAGCUUUAAGCUUCAAAUCUAACAAUCCAUUUUUGUGUGAUGAAAAUGCAUCUAUCAUACUUAUCAACUCACCUGCCAAUAAGUGUACGCUUUGCCAACAAACACAUACGGCAAGAGGUGUUUCAUCAGAUGUGACACUGCAGAUCUCAAAUGAUGAGAGAUCUGGGGAAGUCAAGUGCAUUUCCACUGUAUACAAUGGAAGGCCAAGAGCAAGAUUCCACAAUUUUGGUUGGGGGGCAUUUGUGAAGGACAAUCAUUGGACGAAGGUGAUGCCUGUGUGCUUGAGCUUAUAA